AUGCCAUACGGCGGCAGCGGCAAGAACAGCGACACAUACAACCAGAACGCUCUGGAGGAGGCCACACGAUCGGGGCCGUAUUUCGACAAAUCGGCCUCGAAGAACGUGACCGCCUUGCUGGGAAAGACCACGUACCUCAACUGCCGUGUCAAAAAUUUGGGGAACAAAACGAUGACGCUACAAGUAUCGUGGGUACGGCACAGAGACGUCCAUUUGCUCACAAUUGGCCGUUACACGUACACGAACGACCAGCGAUUUCGAGCGAUCCACAACGCUCAUUCAGACGACUGGACGCUUCAAAUAAAGUAUCCGCAACAUCGGGACAGCGGUAUUUACGAGUGCCAGGUCUCCACGACGCCCCACAUGAGUCAUCUAGUCCAUUUAAAUGUAAUCGAGCGCCAAUUGAACACCUGGGAUUGGUUGAUACCGAUGUUGAGCUAA